AUCCUCCUCUUUCCAUUCUUUCACAAUUACUUGGUAGCAAAGGAGUAGACGCCAAGGAAACCAACGGCACUUCCCCUUUGGCGACGCUUAUUUCCGUCAACGUCCAACACUUCCGGUGAUCUCUCUUCAAUUUUCUCUCGAUUCGUGCUCUUCCAAUUCCUUUGGGGAUUCUACUUUGCGCGAACAAAAUUUUGGAAGUCUGCAACUAUUUUUCGUGAUCCAUAAGAUUAGAGCUAAUUUUGUCAUCAAUUUAUCCUGUUUUCUUUCUCCUUGCAAUCUUUUUCGCGGCUUGAUUCGUGGAUUUGAUUCUUUCUACUUUCUUCAACGACUUCAUGGCUGAUGGAAGUCUCAUUCGAGGGAAAUAAACUGUGUUGUCUACCUUUCUUUUUGAUGAUGUUUUAAAGUAAGUCACCAUCUACUGCGAGAGAUAAGCUUGUUGAGGCAGAUAACAGGAUGAAUCAGCCACAUUCGCCCAAAGAUGAAAGGAUUGUUUCUCCGAAUCGUUCUCCGGAUGCAGCCAUCACAGGGCCUUCAAGCAAUUCCAGUGAAGCACCAAGGUCUUCAGGAGCAGCUGCUGAUAAUAAUGCAAUGUACCCACCCAACAACUAUGGAUCUCUGGAACAAACUUACUUUUAUGGAGGAUAUGAUGGUGGUGCAGGCAGUUGGAGUGGAUUUCCACAGUUCGCUGGUGCCGAAGGCCUUCAUGUUGUACCUCCCGUCAUUUAUGGUGAUAAUUCAUCUCUAGGACUGCAUUCUCCUUUUGGAUUCAAUUCGGCGUAUGGACAGUAUUCGCCUGCCAGUACGCCUGUGCCUCAGAUGAUGGUUGAUAACCAACUCUUUUCUCCUCAACAAAUUCCUGUUUCUCCACAAUACUAUCCACAGCACGUUGGAAGCUCAAUGCCUCAUAUGUCAGCGGCAACUGCUUCUCAUGCUGAGAUGGCGACUCAAAAAGGAAACAUGUCCAUGAAUGCGCUUCAUAACCAUGGUUAUUACAAUUUGCAUGGAAUGUAUGGUUCUGGUGAAAACUUAUCAAGUCCAUCUAACUCCACAGAAUCUGGGUGGAGAACUUUGACUUCAACUGCAGCUUACACUCAACCAGUUGGUUCAUUUGACCCCACAGUUGGACAGAUUUCUCAACAGAGAGCAUAUCCUGGAUACGGAUUUGUAUCAGAUUACGUAAGUGGGCCGUAUCACUAUGAUGGAUCGUUUCGCGCUUCUAGUUUUAGUGGCAUACCUAACUCUCAACAAGGAGCUAGUUUCCGGAAUCGUCAAAGUUUGGAGAAGGCUCGGAGUCAAAGGGAGCAGGAUUCUUUGUUUGCUAUUUCAAGUGAUCGUAAUAGAGGACCAAGGGCAUUAAAGGGAAAAGGGAAGGGGACUGCUGGAAAUGGUUCAUUGCCUGGAACUGAAAAUGCUACGGAAAAUGACUCACUUGCUGAUAGUGCUAAAAAUGGUGCUUCUGCUUCUGGAGGGAGUCUUGCAUCUUAUAAUAGUGCAGAUUUUCCAAUUGAGUAUGAGAAUGCAAAGUUUUUUAUCAUCAAGUCUUUUAGUGAAGACAACAUACAUAGAAGCAUUAAAUAUGGUAUUUGGGCAAGUACACCUCAUGGAAAUAGGAAGUUAGAUGCUGCUUAUCAGGAAGCAAAGGAGAAAGGCGAUUGUCCUGUUUUUCUCUUGUUUUCGGUCAAUGCUAGUGGCCAAUUUUGUGGAGUAGCAGAAAUGACAGGACCAGUGGAUUUUGACAAGAAUGCAGAUUACUGGCAGCAAGAUAGAUGGACUGGACAGUUUACAGUUCGUUGGCAUUUAAUUAAGGACAUACCUAAUAGUAAAUUUCGGCACAUUGUACUUGAAAAUAAUGAUAAUAAGCCUGUCACUCAUAGCCGAGACGCACAAGAGGUGAAACUGGAUCUGGGAAUUGAAAUGCUGAAAAUCUUCAAGGAGUAUGAUGCGCAAACAUCGAUCCUUGAUGACUUUGAAUUUUAUGAUGAACGAGAGAAGGUUCUGCAGGAAAGGAAGACUAGACAGCAAGCUAAAGCGAAGCCUUUUGUUUCUGAAUCUCCUACUGAUGAGAUAGUGAAUAAUAUUUCUGACAGAUUUGAUCAAACUCUUCAUUUAGACGAGAGUUGUAAAGAUGUAGUGGCUACGGAAGAGAGCAGCAAUGAUGCGCACCCAAGCAGCAACAUGUAGUUAGAAUGCACAUCAGCAAACUGAUCUUAGGUCCUUUUUUCUUGUGUUUUAUAUCCCGAAGUUCGGUCUCUUCCGAUUAAAGAAGGUUAAAAGAUCUUUUCUUCAUUGUAUCCGGGAACAGGAACCCAUUCUCUAUUUCUUUUGCUGCCUUCUUUUUCACAUCGUUCCCUUCUUUUUGCCUUCUUAAAUCCAUUAAUAUCAAGUGUACAUGGGCCAAACAUGGUUCAAGUCUUAUCCGUUGGUUGCUGCUGGAGGCGUCGGAUGAUGUGCGUGGCUCUUUUUAAGGUGUAAUUUUAGUUCCAUACCUUCACAAAAAGGCCUGUUUUCUAUUCCUUUUUGUCUGUUUAUUUUUGCUCUUGUUUUAUUUUUAUUUUCAGAUUUGUAACUCAGCUCUGCUAAGUGGAUUCUACUGAGUACUUGAGGAUUUUAUGUAAUUCCCCUGUUUUUAUGGGAAAGAAAAUUAAUAAAUAAUUUCUGCAAAA